UGUCUGACCAAACCUAACCUGGAGGAAAAGAAGUAUCUUUGACAAAAGCUUCUGUUUUCUCUUCCUCCCUCUCUCUGGUGCAGGGUUUAGUUUGUUCGCCACGCAGAAUUUUUUUAUAAAAAAUCAAGAAUUUAAUAAAAACCCAAAAAUCUCUGAAUCCCAAAUUUCUUAAAUCUGAAUUCUUUACAGCUUUUGUGAUUUAAAUUGAUUUUUUUUUCAACAAAUUAUAAUUGAGAAAUGGGUCCAAUUCUACACAAUGCUUCUUCCCAUGACUGAAUCCUUCUUUAGAGUUUGAUGCCUGCGGCGAGGAAUCUUAUAAGAAAUACGAGAAGCAUUAGGCCAAAAAUGAGGGACGAAGAGAAGGCCAAACAGGAGGAUUCGCCUUCCGCUAAGAAGCCCAAGUUGGAGAGGUUCCCUUUUACCAGAUGGGAAUUCACUGCUGCUCUUGGGGUCCUCGUCGUCUUCUCCUCCGGUUUGUUUUGCAUCUACUUGGGAAUGCCCACUUCUGUCUAUGUCAACCUCAAGCUGCCUCGCACCGUUUCAGAUCUUCGCUUGCUCAAAGACCAUCUUGCGACAUAUGCAAAAGAUUACCCAGCACAGUUCAUCCUGGGUUACUGCUCUACAUAUAUCUUCAUGCAGACUUUUAUGAUUCCUGGAACAAUUUUCAUGUCACUGCUAGCUGGAGCUCUUUUUGGUGUUGUUAGAGGGCUUUUCUUAGUUGUCUUCAAUGCCACUGCUGGGGCCUCUUCCUGCUUUUUCUUGUCCAAAUUGAUUGGCAGGCCUAUAGUUAAUUGGUUCUGGCCUGACAAGUUAAGGGUUUUUCAGGCUGAGAUAGCUAAGCGUAAGGAAAAGCUGCUUAAUUACAUGCUCUUUUUGAGAGUAACUCCAACGUUGCCCAACCUUUUCAUCAAUUUGGCAUCUCCAAUUGUUGACAUACCAUUUCAUGUUUUCUUUUUGGCGACUUUGCUUGGACUUAUACCAGCCUCCUAUAUUACUGUCAGGGCUGGCCUUGCUCUUGGGGAUCUCAAGUCAGUCAAGGAUCUUUAUGAUUUUAAAACUCUGUCCAUGCUCUUCCUCAUCGGAUCCAUCAUCAUAUUUCCUACGCUUCUAAAAAGAAAGCGGAUAUACGAGUGAGUGAAGGUUCUUUUGGUGAGGCCUAUCUUUUUGAGCCAGCUUAAGAAAGAUCUCAACUUCGAGCUAAUCGGAGGAUUUGAGAAAGAGGCUGAUCACCACCUUCCCUUGUGAUACCCACCUUCCCUUGUGAUACCCACGGGUUGAUUACUUCUCCCUUGUGAUGGCACAAAUGAAAAUAGAUAUAAAAAAAUUAUCUUUUUUUUUCUUCAUAUAUUCUUUAUAUAUAUAAUAUUUAUUAUAAUGUUAAUUCAAUGAUCUCUCAAUACAGAUUAUUUAGAUAGUUGGGAGCCAGAAAUAUUCUAGGAAAAAUGUCUUUGUACUCCUCACAGACGGUCAGAAUAUCUAUUACUGCAUUGCUGUUAAUCAUGUAACAAGUAUAGUGUUUUAUUACUAAAAAAUAACAGGAUUGGUACCUUUAUUUCCUUUAGAA